AUGGCGCUUCCACUCCCGCCAGGCCUGACCCCGGCCGAGGUCUCCUUCCUCGCCGAGAUGGAGCUGGUCACUGUCAUCCCACGCCAACGACUCGACAGCAUUGAGCUGCUGAGCGGCAAAACCCCUCCCCUGCGUCCCCCUCAUCGCGCCGACCUUCCCCUCUGGCUGGCUCUUCUCCUCAAAAAGCAGCGCCGAGCCAACAUCCUGCCGCCCCCGUGGCUGCACCCAGACUCCUUGCGCGAAAUCAUCCACCAGGAAACCACUGUUGACCCCCAGGCCUUCUCCGAGCCCCCUCCAGCCCGCCAUCCCCGCGCCGAUCCCGCUCGUCCCGGCCGCACACUGCCUAUCCACCAGGACGAUGACGGCUUCAUACUGUCUCCGCCUUUCCGUCCCGGUUCGUGCACCGCCGACGCUCCGGUCGGGUUUCUGCCCUAUCACUGGCUCGAGGUUGCCGAGAUGCUGCUGGCCCAUGCCGCCGAUGACAUCGGCGCUCCGGCCGGUGAAGUACGAGGUUUGCUGCGUGACCUAGUAGAGGUUCGCGCUGCGAAGUUGAGGAAUAGCACAUCCGUGCUAGAGGGCUUCGGCGGUGGCUUGAUGAGUCUCAGGGGUGUUGGCGCUAUGGAGUUAGCCGAAAGCCGGGGGUUCGUGCUGAGCGUCGUGGAUGGCGUGAGGAAGAUUGGUGCGAGCACCGAAGCGGCGAGGAGAGAGGCUGAGGAAGAGGAAGAGGGCGCUGACGCGAGUGAUGAGGACAUGGGACUGUGA